AUGAUCGCCGGACUCUCACUCAUUAGCGUUUUCUCCUUGAAGCGAAGGGAAAGGAGCAGGAAACGUUCAGUUUUUUUCCAGAGUGAUUUAUCUUUUGCACAGUCGUGGGAGACGAACUGGGCGCUCGGUUGUACGGCCGAAGCGGUGUGCGUCUCCCUGGAGCCGUUGGCCUUCACCUCUGGCACAGUAUGUGAAUUUCGGCCACAAGGUUCGUUGACUGAGUCCCUCAAGAGGGUAAUCGCGCGCAGGCUAGAGUAUAUCUACACAGAUAUUUGUGGUUUAGGGUGGACCCGGUUUUGUCACGUACUUUCCCUUAGAUACCGUAACCCGAGGAAUAGCUGUCGACUGUGGGGUGCCGAGUGUCACAGGAAUCCUCGUCGUCCUUUGUGUUCCACGGCCUCUCAAGAAAAGAUUCGGUUUCGUUUUUCGCGAAUUCGGCUGCAAAACAGUGCACGGCAGGAGAAGUCUAGCUUCCUUAGCUUGGACAAGGACGAGAGUAGUGGAUCCCUCGGCCGCACCGAUGCCGUAGUGUUUCAGCUCACACAUCACAAACUGACCGAAAGCUGCUGA